AAUGACUGAGUUUCGUCAUACAGUCAAUACUUAACCAAAAAAAAACAAACAUUGUAUGAACGAAAAAAUGUUGAGUUUCCAUUGGACUAAGGAUACAUCGCUCCUGUUCAAUCGAGCUUUACCUGUGAAUCGGUAAAACCCGAUUUGUCAUACCGAAAGUAGAAACUACAGACUAUUUGUUAGCAGUAAUGUGUCAACAUAAAUAAAAGAAAAGAGGAAGUUCGAAUUUUCUGUGAAUGAUGUCUGCACUAGAUAGGGAAACACCUCAAAAGGCAGAAGAUUCAGAUCAUAGUGAUUUAGAGAUGGAUAAUCCACUGGGGGUAGAUAAUACAAAGAAAAAGGGCUGGGCUGCUAAACAGAUGUUAAUACAAAAAUGCCAAAACACAGUAGGAACAAGAUCUUCGGGCAAACGUCCUCUGAAUAUCGUUAUAAUUGGACCACCUGGAUGUGGAAAAUCCUCUCUUCUAAACACAAUAUUUGCUAGCUUUAGUGAUGAAAGCUGGAAUCGGGUGGCUAAUUAUGGAUCAUUCGGUACAAAUGCCAAACAAGUUACACAGCGUCUCGUCAGUUACAAGAAAGAAGGGUACUACACAAGAAAAGGUCAAAACAGUGAAGACGAUGACAUUUUGAUGCCAACAUUUAUUGACAUAAAUGGUUUUGAGGAUACAAACACCCCUGUUAACAAGGAACUACUGAAUAUGGUUUUCUAUGGGAGAUUAACUGAAUAUGAAAAAAUUCAAGAUGUUUUAGCUUGCCUUAGUGCCGAUGGCACAAAUGGAGCAAAGAGAAAAUAUUACACACGUGAUGAAUAUCUUGUAGUUGAUCGAAUUAUAUUUGUUUGUUCAUUAGAUCCUAAAGCCCCUCUCCCGAUACAUCUGAUGGAAUGUGUGAGUGAGGCUGCGAACGGUAUCAGAGGAAUUCCAGUAUUUGGUGUAAUGACAAAGGCUGAUAAAUUUGAUGCAAUGGAAAAUGAUGAAGUAAAGGAAAGAGAACGGAUAUUUAGACAACACCUUGGCAUUCCACUACCAAGCUUUACACGAAUAACAAAUUACUGUGAAGAUAUAGAUGAACAGUCAAAUUAUAGGUUUUCUCUCAUACCGAAGAUAGACAUUGAAAUCCUAAAGCUGAUGACGCAGGUUUUUAGCAGUUUGGUAAAAGUUGACAAUCCUGAAGGACGUCCAGAUUACUCAGAUAAAACCAAAGGGGAGUCUAGCGAAUCAGAGAAAUGUCCUACGCCAGAUCCACUUCAACCAAAAUCACCCUCGUGUAUCAAUUUAUCAAAAUUAUUAGUCCUGAUCACGAUACAGGUCCUGUUGGUGGCUGUGAUUUUGCAUUUUGGUAUGAAGCCAAUAAUUACAGAUGAAAAGGUUAAUACAAUAUGUGCAAAUUACGACUAUAUCAAGUCAAAACAUGAUGCUACCAUUGAUGGUCUUAGUGAAUUAUGUGAGCUCAAAGAUGACAUUUUCAAACCUCCAAUGCAUCUACUUGGCGGGGCAAUAUUGUUUGUUAUCAUCGUCCCUCAAAUUGUGGUUAAUUUUUUCUUUGCUACAUCUAGAAAUUAGUAAACUUCAACAAUUAAUUUGCUACAAUUAAUUUGCAAUGACUAUCUUACUGUGAUUAUUAUAAAACAAAACGACAAAAGUCAAACAUCCAUCAAAUUUAUUUUAAUAUUGUAUAUAACAUUUGAUUCAUUUGUGUUAAAGUUUUAAAGUUCGAGUGUGCCUUUAUCGUUUUGUAUUUGUAAGAUGGUAAUGUGGUUUUUAAUGUACGUUAUUUCAGCUUUUUGUAACCCCAAAAAAUGCAUUAACUUGAUAUUGGUAUUUUAAAUCAUAAACGUACCAUUUACGUGCAGCAUUUUCUUAAAUAAUAAAAUAGUCUGCAGAUGCUUUGAA